UGCUGAGCCCUGGGGACGCACGUGCUGCAGCAGGUGUUCGGGAGCUGAGGGGACCCCGGGGGUCUCAUGGGGGCUUUUUCUUCUGUAAAAGAAGGCAGCAGUGAGGAUGGUGCAUCUCUGACAGCCCGCUGCUGGUUCCACGCGGAGAUGCCCUGCGGUAGCCUGUCCCCAUUGGCGAUGACCUCCACACCCCGGUGAGGGCCAAGAGGACGAGCGCCCACGAUCACCACGUGCCCCCCGCCAUAACCAUGGAGGCCCCCCUGGACGUGCCCGUAGGGAACCUCAUCGACUUCGACACCGAAACGCCCGCCCGUGCCCCCUCAGAGCCUUCUCCCGCGGAUGUCCCCAGCGGCAACGGGCACCUGGGGGACGUGGCCGGGGAGGAGAGCGAUGCCACCGAGUCUGCGGACAGCGACAACGACGCGGGCGGCUCGCCCACGCGCUGGGGCGGCCGCCGCCACUCGUCCUCCGCCGAGUCCUUCUCCUCCAGCCAGAGCACCGAGUCGGCCAGGGACGAGGCGACGGCCGAGCGCCGGGAUUUCAUGCGGCACUACGUGGAGAAGAUCUUCUCCGGGGGGGAGGAUCUGGACCAGGAGGAGAAGGCCAGGUUUGGGGAGCUGUGCAGCGGCGAGAACGGGAAGGGCAGGGAAUGGUUCGCGAGAUACGUGAGCGCACAGCGCUGCAACUCCAAGUGCGUGUCGGAGCAGACCUUCUACCGCCUCAUGCAGUCUUUCGCCCUCGUGCUCUUUGAGUGCCACCAGAUGGAUGACUUCAGCCCGGCCAAGAACCUCAUGACCAUGUGCUUCACCUACUUCUACAUCGGGAAGAGCCACGCGCUGCCCCUGGAGGCCAAGGAGAAGCCCACGGGCAGCAUCGACGCGUACCUGAGGUCGGCCAACAGCUGGCUGGCCGAGAAGAAGGACAUCGCGGAGAGGCUGCUGAAGAACACCUCGGCCAGGACGGAGAACGUCAAGGGCUUCUUCGGGGGCCUGGAGACCAAGCUGAAGGGUCCGGCGGCCAGGAAGAGCGACGAGGGUGAGGACAGGCCGAAGGAGAGGCCGAAGAAGACGGUGUCCGUGCAGAGCCCGGAGGAGGAGAAGAAAGGGGAGAGGAUCUACCUGUACAUGCACCUCAAGCAGCAGCCCAUCUGGCACAACCUGCGCUUCUGGAACGCCGCCUUCUUCGACGCCGUGCACUGCGAGCGCAGGAAGCGCUCCCCCACCACCAGAGGGGACGCUGGGGAGGAAGAGGAGAAGAGGGAGAAGUGGUGCCACAUGACGCAGGAGGAGCGGGACGACAGCCUGCGCUUCAACGAGAACAUCACCUUCGGGCAGCUGGGCACCUUCAUUCACAACAUGCUGGCGUUCGGCCUCAGCAAGAAGCUCUGCAGCGACUUCCUCAAGAAGCAGGCGACGAUCGGCAACUUGGACGAAGAGCAAUACAAGCUGCUCAGCGACCACAUCGAGCAGAUGGCCACCGAGUAGCCGCCCGGCCGGCACGGCACAGCGGCGGCGAGACGGCGCCGGGAGCAGCUGGGGAG